GGCGCGCGCGGGCCGAGAGGACUGGAGCCCAUGGAGCCCCCAUCGUUUUCCACCACUGGGCCUCAAAUCCUCAGGGCGGCCCCCGGCAGCGACGCUAGUCUCAUCGUCCCACUGCCCUCCGGUUCACCACCUUUUGAAUUUGAAUGGAGUCGAGCGGGAGCGAAACUAGACGACCGCUUUACCAGAUCGGACGACGCGGGCGGCGUUCGUCUCACCAUCACCGCUGCACAGACCGGAGACAGCGGUGUUUACACCCUGCAAGCUAGCAAUGCUGCCGGUAAGGACACGACCCGGGUACGACUGGAAGUUUCCCCGGACGAAAUGCCAACAGGCGAAGACCCGCCAACUUUUCUACGACGUCUGCAGGACCUUACGGUGAAGGUCGGCACGCGGACAAGGUUUCUAGUCGAAAUCGUCAGUUCUACCGAAUGCAGCGUGACAUGGUAUCGCAAUGAACGCCGAUUGUUAGAAGCGGAACGGAUUGCCUUGGUACGCGAUGGAAACUUCUGGUGCGCGGACAUCUCUGCUGUAAGCGUGGACGAUGCCGGCAGAUGGACGUGCACGGCGGAAAACGUUGGGGGCCGUGCCAGUUGCUCGGCUCAUCUCAAUGUUUUAGUUCCAAAGGCCUACAAACGUCCAGAAUUUGUAGAAGAACUUCGAGCGUUACUUACAGAACAAGGUACAGUGUCGCUCGAGUGCAAGGUGGUAGGGGUUCCGACUCCGGUGCUUCGGUGGUUUAAGGAUAGUCGUGAAAUCAAAGCUGGAGAUGUUUUCGCUUUGACUGCUAAUGCUGAAGAUCCAACCUCCCUUGGUACUUAUACGUGUGAAGCAGUAAACUGUAUGGGCAGGGCCUAUUCGUCAUCAAAAGUUCACGUAGUCGGUCGUGCCAGCAGAGAAGGUUCCUCACGACCAAGCUCUGGAGGAAUAACACCUGAACCACCUCCUAUAUUUACCAAAGAACUAGAGGACCAUUUCGUAAGAAUCUGUGAGCCUUUAACUUUAAGUUGUAACAUCGUGGUACCGCCAUGGCCUCGCAAUGUCGUCUGGUACAAUAAAGAAGGAAAAAUCGACCCUAGUGAAAGGUAUCGUGUUCUAGAAGAUGGCGUUGGCGGUUAUUUGUUAGAAGUACCAACGGCCGAGUGGCCAGAUGAGGGCGAAUGGAAAUGCGUAGUGACGAGUACAGGCGGUCGAGUCGGCAUUUCUACGUGUUAUGUGUCCAUGGAUGUGCCAAAGAACUAUCGGAAACCACGUUUUAUGGAAAAUCUACAAGCUGUUUUAACAGAAGAAGGUCUCGUGUCUUUUGAAUGCAAAGUCGUUGGAUUCCCUACGCCAGUAUUAAGUUGGUUUAAAGAUGGACAAGAAUUAAAACCUGGUGAUGUGUAUCAGCUAACUGGCACAAACUCUUUGGGUUCCUAUUGCUGUAUAGCGAGGAACUGCAUGGGUCAAGCUAGUAGUUCUGCAGAACUGACAGUAGAAGAUAUCCAAAAUCAGUUAAAUGAAGAAGAAAAAUUGCAAUUAUUUUCGAAAAACCAAGCCCCUAAAUUUUUGCAAGGCUUAAAAAGUGUUGAAGCUAAAAUUGAUGAACCAUUCCGUUUUACUAUUAAAGUUGCUAUUCCGCCUGAACCUACAGUAUCGUGGUAUCGAGAUGAUCAACCGGUUGAUGAAUCUUUGCGUUGUCAUCAUGGAAAAGAAGAGCGAGGUGUAUUCUUCUUAGAUAUUCAGAAUCUUGAGUUUAUGGACCAGGCAGAAUGGAAGUGUGUUGCUAUGAACGAUUUCGGACAUAGCGUAACGUCAUGUUUCCUUAAGUUAAUAAUACCGCGACAUUAUAAAAAACCUCGAUUCCUUGAAAAUCUUCAAGCAAUAUUAUCUGAUGAAGGUGCUGUAAAUUUAGAGUGCAAAGUAAUCGGUGUUCCGCAGCCAGUUUUAAAGUGGUAUAAGGAUGGUGAGGAACUAAAGCCAGGUGACAUACAUAGAAUUAUCUCCGGUCAAGAUGGUACUUGUUGCCUCGGUACAUAUACAUGUGAAGCUCAGAAUUGUAUGGGUAUCGCAGCUAGUUCAGCAUCUUUACUUGGCUUUGAAGAUUCGAUGAAAGCAAGAAGUAAAAAGAAAGCUGAUGAACAAGCUUUGCAAAGAAAUUUAUCAUUAAGUACGAUUCAUGAAGAGCGAACAUCCCAAAUGUAUGAUACCCCAGUUGGUGAUAUAACCUUAGAUGAAAAAGGAGAAAUAUCAUUUUCUUUUGAUGGUAAAGAAGUAUCCGUUUCUUUAUACGAAACACCGGAUUUAACAGAAGAGGAAGCAUUACAAAUAGUGGAAAUGUAUGCGGACCAGUUAUCAGAAAAUGUAACAGAACAUAAUGUAGUUGAGCUCCCUCCUUUAAGAUUUGUUAAAGAGACUUCAACUUCAGGAAAUUUAUUAAUGGAGGCUAUAAUUAUUGAUGUUUCACCUGAGUAUUUUACAUCUCCCGAAGAAGAUCUCAGAACUGAAGCUGAUAUAGAAGAUAUCUCAAUUGCGGAUGAAAAUGGUCCUCCGCAACUUUCACUAGACCAAGAAGCUGAUGGUGAAGAUUAUUUGGAAAAGACAAUAGCAUUAUUAUCAGAUGAAAUGACGGACUUUCCUAAAAAGAAUAUUAGAAAAAAAUCUGAUUCGCAGAGAAGUGUCGACGACUACUUUAGUUUAUCGCGUGAUCAAUCACUUUCAGAGGAAAAGAAAGACGACGAUACUCAAAUUUUAUCCGAAAGUGAUCUUCAGAGCUUCGCAAGUGCGCAUAGUUCUGGAAAACCAAAAUCAAAAUCUUCAAAACCAUCGAUUGAAGACGGCCAAGAAUCUUCCGAUAUUACAAAGACAGUUGUACUUAAAGAAGAUCUACAAAAUAAGGUGAUUGAAACAGAACCUUUGAUAGCGACACCUAUAAAACAGAGGCGAAGCUCCCGGAGAUCUAGUUCAGGUAGCGAAAAAUCUUUAAACAAAAUGAAAGAUAAGGAAAUAAAAACCGAAUCGGAAAAUGUUUUGAAAAAUUUAGACGUUAAUAAGGAAAAUGUAAAAACAGUGAUGAACAAUACUAGUUUAUCUCUAACAGAGGUAAUAAACGAAAUACAAAUCCUUGAACGUGAUAUUAUAUUAAAAUCCGAAUUCAUGUCUACUGCAGCUACUGCAUCAAACAGCUUGGAAAUAAUUAACAGUUUAAUAACGCCAUUGUCGGAAAUACAUAGUAUAACAGACGCUAUAAGAGAGAUGGUUUGUGAAUCUUCCGAAAACAUAACACCAUUAUUGAAAACACUUCCACCAUCAUUAAAAAAUCUUCAAGAUUCACUUACUAUAAUUAGUAAGUGCAUUGACGUAGAAAGUGACAACAAGACUCUUGUUAAGAAAACAUGUAUGUCUAUUAUUCGAAAUUGUGGUCACCAAUUAGAUAAUAUAAUAAAAAACUUGAAAGAAACCAUUUGUAAUGAAUACCUAUUUGUUGAAAAAAUACAGAUUUCUAACAUUGAAACUAUAACAACAAAUUUAAUAAAUAUCAUACAUCAUAACAUAGACGUUCUCAAAAGUGAAGAAAAUAAAAAAACAGAAAAGGGUAGUAACCUUCAGGAAGCAACAAUAGAAUCAAAACAUUUACAUGCUACUCAGAAAGCUAUCCACGAGCUCAGGGGAUCAUUGAGAUCACUAUUGUUUAUAAUAGAGGAGGUAGAUAUUUGUAAAGAGACAAAUUUUGGUAAAAUCAGAAAAAGUGAAAUUAUACUAAACGACAUGUCAACGCCUAUCCAAGACCUACAAACAGCUCUAGAACAGAUAGAAAUUCUUUCAGUAACCGAGUCAAACUCUGAUUUACAAAAAUAUAAUACAGAAAUUAUAGAGAAAGCUAUGGAAUCAGUUUUAAAAUUAAGAACAUCAUUUGAACAACUAUCAGGAAAGGAAAGUAAUAUUGAAGACAAGGCUGGAUUAAGUGUUGUUUUGUAUGAAAUAAAAACAAAUAUAAAGGAAAUAUCAAUGCAAUUAGAUGAACUUGAAACAAAAACUGGUAAAUUUGACAUUUUAAAUAGUGAUAAUAAGUUAGAAACACUCCAAAAAAUUGCUCAAAUUUUGAUUAAUUUGGAGAAUAAUUUACCAAUACUUGAAAGUUUUUCUAGCAUAAAAGGCUACAUGACGGAGUUUCAUAAAAAUUUAACGAAAGUUCUAGAAAAUGUAAUUGAAAGCAAUGAUGCAAACAAAUAUUUUACUUUAUUGGAAAUAUGCGAUGCUGUUAACAGAAUGAAUACAUCAAUCAAAAAUAUAGAAUCAAACAAUGUUCUGUCUCUGGCUAGCAUAGGCAAUACACUUAAAAUAAUUCACACGAAUGUUUCCAAUAAUGUGUUUGAACCAGAAUUAAAUUUUUCCAUGCUAGAAAAUAUCAGCAAUUUGCUAGUAUGUAUUCAAGAAAAUAUGAAUAAAGCAGAAGAGUUAAAUAUAACCGAAAAUUUGGAAGAAGUAAAAGAUUUAUUAUUAGAAAAAUAUGAAGAAAGCAAAGUCAAAGUUGUGCUUGAAAAUAUAGAACAAACUAUUAUUGCUAUCGGUAAUGUAAUAUCACACGAAUCAUCAACUUCAAUAGACUUUACUUGGAAAAAGGCCAUGGAAAACAUUUGUCCUAUUUUAGAAGACCUUAAAUAUUGUAUUGCUUCUUCAAACGUGAAAGCUACCGAAAAAGAUGAAAAAAUAUCUGAUUUAGAAAGUUUAUCUUUGUCACAGUCUAUUGCGAAUCCACUCAUCGAUUUACAUCAGAAUAUAAGUGUACUUAAUCAAGUUAUAUGUGAAAAUGCUGAUAGUCAAGAAUUUAGUCUAUUAGUGGAAGACUAUGCAAAGCCACUUUUAGAUUUACGUAACACCUUAGAGAUUUUACAACAUGAUGUUAUGUCUCAAUGUAUUGAUAAUGUAGCAUACCCCGAAUUGAACACUAGUAUUGCAAAUGUCGUAGAAAAUCUUAAAAGUUGUAUAGUUAUGAUUCAAGAGCAACAUGUAAUAGAAGCCGCUGACGAUAUGUCCACAUUAGAAGAUAUAUCUGGAAUAAAAACUACUGCAGAUAUAUUGCCUAGCGAUGAUUUUGUAACGGUAACUGUUAAUGACAUGGAAAAUGUGCAAUUUGCUGAAGAAGCUAUACCGUCAGCUACAGGUCAAGCUUUACAAAUAUUAAAAGAAAAUAUUAUGACGUUGCAAGAUUCAGAACUAUUAAAUUGUAUAGAGUCCGUUGAGAUUCCUGAGUAUUCUUCUAUUAAGUCCAUCAAUAUUAGAUUAGAAGAGAUAAGUGCUCAAAUAGAAAGUAUUUUACAGCCCAUUACUAUGGAGUCAUGUCAGGAACUGACACGUUAUUCCCAGGUGGUAGAAAUUAUUCAACCACUGCAAGAAAUACGACAGCAUUUAUCAGUUAUUGAUAUAGAUAACAUUCCAGUUUGUACAGAUAUUACAGAAUCGACUCCUGAAAAAAUGAGCUUUAUAAAAGAAAGCAUACAAAAUUUCAAAAGUAAUCUAAAUGACUGCUUAGACAUUUUACAGUCUGCUAUUGAAGUGACUGAUAAUGCUAUUGAUAUAUCUUCUAAAAUAAAUACUUUACGACGGACAUGUGACAAAGUAAUUAGUUCACUUGACCAAUUAGAAGAAACCAUAUUAUCAAAUAAAGUAAUCAUUGCAAUGAAUGUUCAAUUAAAGGAAACAGUUAAUCGUUUUGUAGAUUCGAUACGUUUUUCUGACAAUACGCAACAAGUGAAAUCUGCAAUAGAAGAUCUUUAUGAGGCUGUAGUUCCAAUAAAAGAAGAACUGACGUAUUUGGUGAAACAAAAUCCCGAAUUAUUAUCAAUAGAGGAUAUAUUUACACAACUUAUUAAUGAUAUUGAAAAUAAUAUUAUUUCUUUAGAACAAUGUAAUUUUGUUAAUCUGGCUCAAUUUAAUAGUUUAAAAAAUAAAUUAAGUGAAAUGAAAGUGACGGAGUAUCAUGAAGAACCUAAUGAUAAAGAAGAAACUUUAAAUAAGCAUUUAUCUGACUUAAUAGCACCACUGGAUUUGAUUUACAACAAAUUGCAAAAACAAAUGUUAGUAGAGAAAAAAGAGACCGAAGAAACAGGAGAGAUAGAUUCAAAAUCAUUCGAAAUGCAAUUAAGUUAUAUCAAUGAAAAUAUUAAUAAGUUUGAAAAGUGCCUUAAUCUUGAAAAUAUAUCUAUAAAUGGGGAAGAUAUAUGUCUGGGUAUGAAAGUAAAUGAAACAAUUCACUGUAUUUUAAAUUCUAUAAAAACUACACAAAUGUCUGAAAGUUUAAAAACAAUUUUGCAACCCAUUGAGGCUAUAGCAAAGAUGUUACAGCGUAUUUUACCUGCAGAAAAUAAAGAAGAUAAACAUAGAUCACUUAAAGAAAAGGCAGAAACACUUUUACAACAGAUGGAACAUUAUAUUGAAAUUAUAGAAAUUGUUGAAGAAGUAUCUGCAGUGAUAAAAAUAGAAGACUUGAAAGAGUCAGCAAACAUUGUGAGAGAAUUACAACAAAGUAUUGUAACUUUAGAUCCAGCUUCUGAAGUUUUAAUUGAGAGUUCUUCAAAUAACAAAAUUAAGGAAGAACAGGCAGAAAUAGUUCAAAAACUACAUAAAGCCUUGAUAAUGUUGCAAACUCAGGCAUUAGAGAGUACACAGGAACUGACAACAACUGCCAAUGAAGAUAUACGGCAGCAAAUUAUAGAAGUUGUAUCUGAUUUACAAAAUGACUUCAUUGCUUCAACAGGCAACAAUGUAAUCGUAAACGAAAGCUCGACAACUUCACUUCCUGAAAUUAUUCAAGAAGAAACAGAAAAUAAUACUCUGGAUGAACAAAAUACUCAAGUUAUUCUUGAAACAGACAAUAAAACAUUUAAAUUAGCCGCCCCACAUCCUAUGGAUGAACCAGAAAAUGCAGAAGAUAUUUUCUCAGAGCCUGAACAACCAAUCGAAGAUUUACGAUCCAAUGAUCAAGCAGAACAGCAUAAUAAAAUUGGAAAUUUAUUAACUCAGACGAACAUUCAGCACGAGCAAAAUGUCAUAUACGAAAGUUUAAUUUCCCAAGAAUUUGAAGAACCUGAAUACGAAGAUAAUUUGACAAGAAUUGAUAAAUCUUCGAUUAAUGAACCUGAACUUAAAGAGCCAUAUUCUAAAUCUGAAAAACUAGGUACUAUAAAAGAUAUACUUUUAGAAAAUAUAACAGAAUACAUUUCUGACAAAACAAUGAUAGUUCUUUCCAAAUUAUCCCACCCGUUACAUUGUGAACAUCUUAAGAAAACAAUUGAAUUAGCGACCCAGUUAUGGAAUAACACUAAAAGCGAAAGUUCUUCUUUAGAACAGACAGAAUUAUCAAGUUUUUCGACAGAACAAAUUGAACUAGUGUUAAGUUUAAAUGAAGCCAUAUUAAUUAUGUAUGAAACAACCUUUGAAGAGAGCCAAGAAUUAGAAAAUAAAGUUGGAAAAGAUGAAUUGGAUAUCUUUAAAGAUGUCGUUAGUAAUUUACGCAUUACACUUCAGGAAAUUAUAAGUAAUGUGAACACAUUAACAUAUUUUACUCAGGUCAAUGAAUUACAACAAGAAGAAACAAGUAUUAAAGAUCCAGUUGAAAAUGUUCAGUCUAUUCCUUCAGUAUCCCAAACGAUAACUGGAUCGAAUCAAAUCGAAAAAAUUAAUGAUCUAAAAUAUAAUACUAUGGAUACAAAUGUAUCAAUAGAAGUUGUAGGUAGUUUAGAAAAUAAUAAUAAUAAUAUCAAAACUGAGGAUAUAUCUGACAUAAAAGUGUCAAUAACUGCAACUGAUUUAAGCACAGCAAAGAAAGAAGCCCCCCUUAUUAUUUGUAAAACGAUAACAGAUACAAAAUAUGCUAAUGAGUUUGAUAUAGAAAUAAAAGAGAAGAGGCCAGUAAAUAAAGAAACACUAAUCAAAUAUUUAAGUGAUUAUAUUUCUGAAGAUAUGGUGAAUGUAAUCGACAAACUGUCACCUAUUCUCAAAUUAGAAGAUGUUAAGAAAUCCAUCCAGACAGCCCAUCACUUAUAUAAUAUUCUAUCUUCAGACGAAUCUGAAAACCUUAAUUUUACAACAGAGCAAUUAAAAAUUGCUUUAUUGUUGGAUAACGCUGUGUCAUCGCUAUGCGAUUUCCCAAUUCAAGAAGCUGAAGACAGUAAUGUCACAAACCAUGAAUUAAAAAAUGCUAAUAAUGUCAUGAAAGAACUGCUAAAUAAUCUUCACGCCGUAAUCGAGUCGACGUUGACCGAAUCCGAUUUAGAAGUUUUGGAUAUGGAUGAGUUUAAGGUUUCAAUAUCUAAGGAACCUUUUAAAUUUAGAUUAUUAACAGACGAUAGGCUUUCAGAUACCAAAUCGUCAAAGAAAACAAGUGAAGAUGCUAAAGAAAGUAUUUCAUGUAUUAAAGAUGUCGAAACUGCUCUUCCUACUCAAAUAGAAACGACUGACGAUUUAAUAAGUUGCGAUGAAUUGUCAAUAGAUAUGCAAAGUAUUAAAGCGGAAAUAAAAAUAGAAACGGUUAAAGAUACCAGUUUAAUGAGUGAAAAAAAUGUAGAAUUUAUAUUACCAAAUAUAAAGCAAGAUUUACAAUCAAAGGAUGGUGACAUUGACUCAAUAAUAAAACUAGAAGACGUUUUGAAAGAAGUAAGCGAUAUGAUUGAUUUAUCAUGCGAUGAUAAUUUGGAGCCAAUACAGAAUUCUCUCGACGAAGUACAAACUAUUAUAAUGGAGUUAAAAAGUGAUUUUGGUGGAACUAUAGGUGAUGCAAUCAAUGAAACUCUUGAAGAUUUAGAGUGCAAUGUAAGAAGUGUUCAACUUCAGAUUAACGAACAUAGUCCACCAUUGCUUUUAAAGGAAGCUUGUUCAAAUUUACAAGUGCUUGUUGCACAUUUAAGUGAAAUAAAUGAUGUUGAAAAAGUUCUAAGACCCCAGACGAAUCAGAUUACAAAUGAUAUACUCGAUUUAUGCUCAAACGAUGUUGAACAGACAAUUGAUUUAAUACAAAUAGUUUCAAGUUCAGAAAAUACAGAAAAACUAGAAAAUGUAAUUUCUAAUUUAAAUAAAAUUAAGGACACAAUAAAGUUUCUAAGAUCAAAUUUCUUGACUAAUGCAGAAACUUUAAUUAUGGGUGGAAUCCAGAUUAAUCAAAGCUUAGAUCAAAUCGAAGAUAACAUUUUCUGUUUAGAAAAAGAUUUAGAGUCUGAGAAAAAUAUUGACGUUAUAUCUAGAGACAGUAUACUAUCCGCCAUACAUUCAAUUUAUGGAAGUAUCUCAAACAUGAGAGGAACUGUUUCUAGUGUACAAAAGAAAUAUAUGUAUGAAAAUUACGGGGAACCAUCGAGAUAUUUAUUGCUAUCUAUAAAAAAUGUUAUGGUUUUAUUAAAAAGGAACGAAAAUUUUAAUUGGAAGGAAUUUGCCAAAUCACUACGAAAAGUCUUAAAUCAUUUUGAAGAUGUAAAAUUUUACAUUAAUUUUGAUAAGACAGCUAGGUUGCCUAGCGAUGCAGCUUUUACUAAAAUUAUUCUUGGCGAAUUACAUUCUGUACUGUCUGGAGUCGUUUUGCAAAAUGCAAGUGAUUUAGAUGUGGAGCUAAGUAAACAAACGUGUGGUGCCAUAAAUUAUAUAAAUGAAAUAUUAAAGAACAUAGAACAAAUGACGACAUUAGAAGUAAAAGAGAAAAUACCUAUUUUUAAAGAAUUGUCUAAGAAAAUGUUUGAAUUGACAGAAAAUAUUAAACUUUUUAUUGAAAACAAAGAUAAAAGUGAUUACAACAAUGUGGACAACAAUACCAACUUGACUCCUAUAACAGAAUUAACAACCGUUCACGAGGGAAAAGUAUCUGAAAAUGUAAUAGAAACUGAUAGUAUUCAGAAUGUUCCAAAUAUUGAGGUAGAAGGUAUGGUAUCUGAUUUAUUGAGUAAAAUGGAUGAUAAUGUAAUAGAAGAAAAAUUAGUGGGUACAGUAGGUACCAAAGAAAAUGUAUCUUCAAUAGAAGAUAACGUGAAAACUGAUAAGCUACUUCAAGAAAUUGACAAUGCUAAUGAUUUAAAAGAUCAAAUUGACCAUUUACAAUCUGAAAAAACACAAAAUAUAUCCUUAAAAUCAGGAACAGAAGAAGAGUCAUCAAAAGAUAUUAAAAACGUAGACAUUAUUUCGGAACAUGAACACUGUGACGAUAGCAAAAUCGUUAAAAAUGAGACUAGCAUAGAGAUCAAUAAAAAUUCUGUUGAAAUAGAACAAGAAACAGGGGCAACAGAGCAUGACAAAAUUAUUGAUAUCAAUCAAGAAAUUGACAAAAAUGAACGGUUAGAAAUAGAAAAAAAUGUCGAUGACAUAGACAUAAGUUCUACGAUUUCCGAAAACUUUAAUAAUGAAUUAAAUCAACAAGACAUUGCACUGAUUGACAAUAGUAAAGAGGACGUGGAAAUUAAGGACUCUGAAAAGGUGAAUAUUGAAAGCCUUGAAAAUAAAACCACUGUUGAACAAAAUGAACAGAAAGUUGAGGAAUGUAAAUUACAAGAAAAAGACGAAAAAAAUGCAGUAUUUACCGUAGAAAAAGAAGAAAUAACAAAAUUGAUGGAGACAAAAGACGAAAAUACUAAAACCGAUAGCGCUAGUCUAUUCAUACAAGACUCUAUAGUAAAUAAAGAUGAACAAACGGAAACCAUAACAAAUAAGAUAGAAGAACCAGAAAAAUCUCAUUUAAUAAAUAUGGAAAUUCAAGAAAAUAUAAGCAUUCCUACAGAUAAAAUGGUAACUGAAAAUAUAAGUGAUCAAAAUAAAGAGAACAGUAACUUUGACAUUAAUAUAAAAGAUAAUAAAAACAUAACGAAUGAAAAAGACAUGCUUGUUGACGUACAACUUUCUGAAAAUAAAAAUUCUAUAGUUGAUCAACACAAUGUUGUAAGUGAAUCAUUAAAAGAAGAGGAAAUUAAAAGUGACAUAAAAUUGGAGAAAAAGUCAGAAGAAGUUAUAAUUGAGGAGGUAAAUCAAUUUGAACAACAAUCAAUUAUUGAAAAUAAAUUACUCGAAGACCAAAAACAAAAAUCCAGCGAAAUUGGCAUAAGAAAAGAGAUGGAAAAUGCCAUGUGUUCAAUAAAUAUAGAAUCAUCAAUAACUCAACCGCAAUCUGUUUUUGACCCCAUUGAAAAUAAGACUUUAGAAGGAGAAUUACAAGAAAAAACACUUGAAGAAAAGAAUAAUAGUCAGGAAGAAACUGAAAAUAAACUGGAAAAAAUAAACCCUGAAAAUAUGGAAUACAUUACAAUUCCUUCAAUUCCAACUCAUGAAGAUGAGUUUAACAAAAAUGAUGUAUCACAAAAAGAAAUAAUUGAUAAAGUAGGCAGUGAAAAUAGUGUUCCAAAUAAAGAAAACAUUAAAGAAGAAAAACUUCAACAACAAGAGGAAGUUCAAAAAAAUAAAAAUGAAUUACAAGUUGAAAAAGAUCAAGAGUUUAAUGAUAACAAGGAAUGUUUACAACAUGGUAGCGUCAGCAAUAUUGUAGAUCGUGGAAAACAACACUUAGAAGACAAAGAAAGUUUAUCUUACACAGAAGAGGUUAUAAACAACAAAAAUGUAAACGAAUUACCAAUCCAAAUCAAUAUUGAAGAACAACCCAAAUCAAUAAAAAACGAAGAUAAAUUCGAAUAUAAAGAAAAAGAUGAUUAUAUUGAUAAAGAUAAAGAAUAUUUAAAAACGGAAGAUGUUGUAAACGUUGAAGAAAUAACUAAAUUUAUAGGUGGCCAAGAAUACGAAAAAGCUCAUAUUAAAAGAACUGAAGAGCAACAAGAGAAUAAAAAUGAGGAGAAAGAAAUUGAAAGAGACCUUAUAACGGAAAAUAAAAAUUUAAGGUCAAUUGAAGAAAAAACGAAAGAUUGUCAAGGGCUAAAAGACAAACAAAUCAACAUUAACAAAGAUAUUAGUGACAAAAACGAAGAAAGAAUUAAGGAAAUGAAUGAAAAGAUUAAAAUAGAAACAAUAACUAGUGUAGAAGUAAUUGAUCAAGUAACUUCCCCGCUAAAUAUUUUAUUGGAAAUUAAAGAACAUGUAGAUAUUAAAAUGGUUGAGCCCUUAAAUGAAAUUAUAACAAACUUGGUAUCUGUAAGCGAAAACAUCGUUGAAAUUGUACCUAAUAAAGAAGAUGAAAAAAGAAUGGAAACAACAUAUGAGACGUACCCAAAUGUAAGUUGUAUAAGCGAUGAAAUUUGUGAUAAUAAUUUAGAAAUAGUUAAUGUAAUUGAAAACGAUUCUGGUAUCUCUGAUUCAAAAGAUGUUGGUGAUAUUUUCUUAAAAAACAAACUAAAAGAAGACUAUGAUCAAAUACAUUUAGAAAUUGCUAGUCAAAUUGAGCAACAGUCGGUGAAUUCUGAAAGUACAUCAGAUAAAGCAAAUAUAAAAGAAGAAGUCACUAUCAAAAGUGAAUCAAUUUGCGAAAAUUUACAACCAGAAAUAAGUCAAGAGUGCAAAGAAAAUAACUACAAAAUUAAAGAAAUUGUUACUGAAAUAAAAGAAAUCGAAGAAAAUAAUAAUUUAAAGUCACAAAAUGAUAUAAAGGAUGAUGAAUUUAAUGAUAAUGACCAACCAGCACGGCUUGGUCAAAGUACUUCAAAAAAUAAAGAAGAAACUACAAUAAGUGCAAGUAAAGUAGCAGAUGGUCAUGAAUCAGACAAUGCGAGUCAAUUGCAAAAAGUAGUUACAGAAGCACAAGAAGUUUUACUAAAUAUAGAAGAAAAUCAAACAGAAAUCUGUCUAGGCUUGAUGCCAGAGACCGCUGAAGAUAUACAGACUGAGAUAGGUGUCUUAAAGGAUACUGCAAUACAAAUCGAUCAAAAUAUUAAAGAAUACUUAGGUGAAGUAAAAGAUGAUGUCCAAAAUAUUGAGUUACGCGUUGAAACUGAAAAAAAAGAGAAAAAUUCUAAAAGUAGCAAAUCUAUGGAAGUUAACAUCUUAAGCAAUGUAACAGAAACCUCGGAAAAAGAAAUUAAAUUAGUAGAACAACAAUUGACAAAGCACAACGAUGAAGACAUUGAAACACAUGAUAAAAAAGAAAAAUAUCAGUCUAUAAAAGAAGAACUCAAGAUUCAAGACAAUAAAUCAAACGAAAAUGAAGUUAUAUUAAAUCAGUUACAAGAAGAAAGGAGUAUAGAGCAAGAAACAAUAGCAACACAAAAACACAUAAAAUCCAACGAGCAAACUCAGGUGGAAACAUUAACGAAAGAAGAACAAAAUAAAAGUAACCAGAAAAAAGAAUCUCCAAAUAAACAACUUAAAGAAAAAAGAAGAUCAAAAAAGUCGCGUGAAACUGCAAAACAAACAGCUGCAAACAAUGAGGUAAAACUCCAAGAGGCGGAAGACAAGGAUCUUGAGGUAAAUAAGAGUCAAAAUAAUAAAAUAGUUAAAUCUGACGAAAACCUUAAGCUACAAGAUAGUCAACCUAUGGAUGCUAAAAAUAUACUCGUUAAAAAAGAUGAACAACCUGAAAAGCAAAAACAGGAUAACGAGGGAUAUACAACAAAACAAAACGGAACCAAAACAGAAGAUUUAAAAGAAAACAAAGCCGAAACUGAUAAAUUGAUGAUUGAAAGAACUAAAAAAGAAGAAGAAAUUCUCGCAGGGAAAGAAGCUAAAUUAAAAGAUAAUUUAGAAGUUCAGGAUAUUUCAGGGCACAAAGAUGAAAUAAAUAAAGGGUUAAUCUUGGAAUUAAAUAAUACACCGACAUUAAAAGAGAAACAAAAGAAAGAAAAAUGUCUCUUUAAAGUAGAUGAUCAUGAGGUUUCAGGGAAGCUAGAAAAUAAUAUUUUAUUAGAAAACAGUCAUAAAAAGGAGAGUAUAAAAGAGUGCUCUACCUCCAAAGUUAAAGACGAUCGUCAAGAAAUCGAUCAGAGAAAAGUAUAUCCAGUAAUCAAGGAGCAUUUGUUAACGGAUUAUGAAUCAGAAUUCUCUAGACCACCAGGAUAUAUAGCAAAACCAAUUUGUAUAGAAGAAUCACCAUCGCAAGUAGAAAUAAACACAAAGGGUCAAACUAUUUAUAAAGCACAAACUCUACUUCGAGAGUCCCAAUUGAGAUCGUCGUUGCCUCCAAAUAUGGAUCAAAAUUUAUGUAUUGAAAAGCAAUCUCAAAUUAAAGAAAGAACAAAGGCCGUUAGCGAAUGUAGAAGCACAUUAUCAGAAAAACGUAGUAGUUCUGGUCGAGAUAAUAAAAGAAAACCUGUUUUCUCCACAUUUUUAACAGAUCGUACCGCAGUGGAAGGGUCACGAGUUAAACUUACUUGCAGUAUUUUAUCACCAACUGAUCCCACAGUAACGUGGUACAAAAAUGGUAAAGAACUAGAUAAUAAACAUAAAUUUAGAAGUAAAUUUGUUGAAGGUUUGAUUACUUUGGAAAUACUUAAUGCAAUUCCAAGUGAUUCAGGAGAAUACAGUUGCAAUAUUGAAAACGAAAAUGGGUCUAUAACUUCAUCUGCUAAUCUUAAAGUAUAUCCGAGCUUUGAAGCAUCUCCAAUACCACCAACAUUUACCCGGUCUAUACGUGAUAAUUAUCAUUUAGCUGAAAAUGAAUUAAUACUAGAAUGCCGCAUCCGUGGACAACCUCUUCCAACUAUAACAUGGCUCAAAGACGAUAAGCCCAUUGUAUUGAGCGAUCGUUAUCAGGCACAUUAUUUAGCUGACGGUGUUUGUAGAUUAACAAUUAGUUCUCCUAAUACUGAAGAUUCUGGAAAAUAUACUUGUAAAGCUGAAAAUUCUAUGUGGUCUGAUCAAAUUUCCCAUGACGUUUACUUUACUGGUAAAAAAAGUCGUUUAAGUCCAAAUCUUGCUACAGUUGAAAAAGUACAUUUCAGUCGCCAUGCACUAGAAUCACGUCGGCCUCAUUUUACAAAUGUUUUAUCGGACCAUAAAGUAGUUUCUGGGGGUACAAUAGGUUUACAAGUAGAGAUAAGAGGUUCACCCAUUAGAGUAGAAUGGUUAAGAGAAGGACAUUCCAUAACAGAAUUGUACAGAAAUGCACAGACAUACGUUGAUCACGGAAUAUACACUCUAGCUCUUUCUGACGUAACAGAGCAAGAAUCUGGUUUAUAUACAUGUAGAGCAUAUAGUACGCAAGGAAAUGUCGAUAUGAACGCAUCUAUAACUGUUGUUCAACCCAAUCAGUAUGAGGGUAAGCCUGCAUCAAUUGUAAGUCGGCCAGAAAAAGAUGUGCUCAUUUCCGUUGGUGAAGAUUUAAAUAUUUCAUUUAGAGUUCAAGGAGAACCUAAAGCGAAAGUUUUCUUUAUGAAGGGUAUACGUGAUAUAACAAAUAGUCAACGUGUUUGUAAGAUGACAUCGGAUGAUUAUGUUAAGUUUACCUUAAAGAGAACUGUUGUGUCUGAUGCGGGAACAUAUUGUAUCUUCGCAAGAAAUGCCUAUGGGUGUGAUAGAGCUUUCGUAACGGUUGUGAUUAGGCAACGUGCUUCUUCUGACAGCCUUAUUUCGGAUUGGACUUAUCCUAUGGACGACUUAGCUAUUUCAUCGAUUGAUCGAAACUAUAAAUCUGUUCCAGAUAGAAUCCCUAGUGAACCUAGUGCUGUUGAUGGUGGAAAUAAUUGGAUCUCUCUUGCUUGGCCCAAGCCCGAUUCACAAUCAAAAGCUCCGAUUCUGGCUUAUAAAGUAGAAAGUUGGCUUCUUGGGAAAGAAGGUGGAGCUCGUUGGGUAGAAUUAGGAAUAACUCCACGGAACUCUUUUGAUGCUUUUAACUUAAAACAAGGCGAAGAAUACCAUUUUAGAGUCACACCAAGAAAUCGUUAUGGUUGGGGUGAAUCAGUACAAACAUCCGUACCUAUUGGCAUUGGUUUAGCAGGGGAUAGACCAGAAUUUAUGGAUAUUUUACCGGGUCAGUUGAAAGUACUUGUUGGGGAGACGGCAACUUUGUCCUGUAGCUUCAAAGGAAAACCAAUUCCUGAAAUAAUGUGGAUGAAAAAUGGCCAUGAAAUUGAAGAAGAAGUAGGCAGGGUAAAUAUAGCAAUAACUGAUUAUAAUUCUUCUUUACGAAUUGAGGCAGUACAACCAGACGAUGAAGGAAGAUAUAGUUGUGAAGCAACAAACAUUCAUGGCCGGUCUUCUACUUAUUCAAGAAUGGCAGUUAUUACAGAUCGACAAAUAUGGCAAGCUGAUGCUAAGCUUAAAAGAGAAAGAUCAGCAGGGGUCGAUGGAGAAUACCCGCCACAAUUUACAAUGCGCCUGAGAGAUCGACGCGUACAAGCAACAUACCCAGUUCGUCUUACUUGUCAAGUUGUUGGAAAUCCAAUUCCAACAGUAAAAUGGUUUAAAAAUGAAGAGGAAGUUUUCUUUGAUGGUCGUCACACUGCGUCGCAAGAUGAAUAUUUCUAUACGUUGGAGAUUGCUCCAACAACAUUAGAAGAUGGUGGAGUAUAUGAAGCGAUGGCUAGGAAUGGUUGUGGUGCUGUUAGCUGUCGCUGUAGCCUCGUGGUCGACAAGGGCAUCAGAGCAUACAUAGCACCGGAAUUUUGUUGUGGUCUUGAACCACUUUAUCAUUUAAGUGAAGGGGAUGAGCUACGAAUUUCAGCUAUUGUCGAGGCUUAUCCUUCAGUUGGUGUGACUUGGUAUCGCGAUGGAGUGAGAUUACGACCUAGCCGAAGAGCAAUUAUGACUUUAGAUCGAGAUGGCCAAAUUGAAUUGGCAGUUGCUUCUGUAACUAGUCGCGAUGCUGGUGUUUACACGUGUACUGCCUCAAACGAAGUAGGAAUGGCUUCUACUUCUGGUAAGGUAGAAAUUGUGUCGGGAGAACAUGUGGUAGAAAAGGCUAUAGCUCCACCUAUAGUUGUUACUUCAGACGCGCCUUAUUCAAAAGAGCCGAUGUUUAUAAGGAAGCCUAGAUCUAGUGAAGCUCGAGAAGGAGAUACAGUAAUUAUUGAGUGUGAAGUGAUUGGCGACCCCAAGCCUGAUGUUUAUUGGCUAAGAGAUUUCUUAAAGCCUGAUUACUAUCGAGAUUCUAGUCACUUCAAACGCGUGGGCGAUGGACCCGCCUAUCGCUUUGAAAUUCCUCAUGCAAAACUGGACUAUACCGGCGCAUACUCAAUAGUCGCUCGAAAUAUACAUGGUGAAACGAAGGCAAUUAUAUCACUCCAGAUAUUAGCUAAAGAUCUUACAUGUGGUGACGACGUUCAUAAUAUUAGAUUCGGACGUGUAGAUGUUAUUCCACGUUUCGACAAGGAACUAACAGAUUUAUUGUGCUAUGACGGUGACGCGGUUGAGUUCGAAUGUAGUGUUACCGGAAAUCCCGAUCCAGAUAUUAGAUGGUUCCACUACAAAGAGAUCGUCCCAGACUGUGCUGACUUCGAAUCUUCGUAUGAAAUAGGCAUAGCAAGAUUAAAAAUUAAACAAGUGACCGCUGAAGACGAAGGGACGUACACCUGUGAAGCUUCCAACAGUUUAGGAAAAUCCUCUUCAAGCGCCUGUCUCGUCGUUUAUCCUCCCGGUGAACCCAAUACUCUGAGCCAGCGUCUGCGACGGCCGCCCGCACUUCUCUCCGCUGCUUCUACGCCGCGCUCUACUCCACGCACAACACCCGCUCGCUCGCUCUCUCGAACGCCUGGUCCAGAUCCAAGACGUUUUUGCAGUCCAUCUCGUGAAAUUGCUCCGAAAUUCUACACCUACCCGUACAACAGAGUUGCUGAAGAGGGUGACACCAUAGUAUUCCAAUGUGCUGUUAAAGGUCUACCGCCACCGUGGGCCACAUGGGAUAAAGAUGGUAUCAUUAUAACACCCUCUGCAAGAAUUAGUAUUAAGGAAAAAGAUGAAAUGUUUAGAAUUUUAGAAAUUGAACAAGUUACCAUAGAAGAUGUAGGUCUGUACAGAAUAUCAUUGGAAAACGAUUAUGGAAGAGCGGAAGCUUCAGCACGACUUGAAGUUAUUACCCAAAAAGGAAAAUUUUAUGGUACAAGGUCUUACAGCGUUUCUCCAAGAAAAACCUUACCGUAUAGAAGACGUACGCCUUCUUUUUCCAAACAAGACUGAUAGCAAAAAAAAAAAAAACAAAUCAAAACAUGAUUUCAUUACAAUCUGUUAUCGAGAGAGUAGAGACGUUGACAGUACUUUUUUUAAACAGUAAGUAUUAAACAAAAUAUUAAUGCUAUUGCGAAUUCAUGGGUACCCAUUUUACUUAGCAAUGCGAAUAAUACAAACCCAUUAUGUUUAUAAUAGUGCAAUUAUAAAAGCAUUAAAAUUUCUUUCAGACAAUAAUUAGUAUGGAAGGCGGCUACCAGCUUGAGAACAAUGUUUGCUUUUGUUUUCUUCGAAUAAACUUUUAAUUUAUUUUGCAUUUUAUUUGUAGGAUGGUUUAGACGAUAUUUUAUUGUUUGAUAAAUACGUAAUUGUAUCAAAGUUAUUACAAAAGUAGUUACGAGUGUCGCAGAAUAAAUAUUUCAUUAAGUUAAAUGUAACUAGAAUUUAUUUGCGUGCAGCUUGCGAUUUGAUGUUUACAAUUAUUAAGCUUCUCAAAAACAAAAUUUGUUUUGCGAUUUUUAAUUGUACACGUACCGGUACAGAAAACAGACAUAGAAUAAAUGUUGGGCCAAUAUCUCACGUUCUUUAAUUCGAACGUGAUCUGUAUUGGUUAAAUGGAGGAGAAUCUGUUUUCGUGAAUGUAGGAAAGGCUUUUAUUGUUUUUUGUAAUAGGUUUAGAUUAACUGGUACGUGAGCGAUGCGUGAAAAUAUAUUUACUCUCUAAUUUAGUGUUUGAAGUACAGAAGAAUCGUUUUAAUAAAAUUUGUAUAUUUAUACCUACGCUGUUUGUUAAAUGUUUUAGAUAGUUGCAAAUCAAUAGCGUACCCGGGGAUUUAUUAAAUAAAUUGUAUCAUGAUUA